AUGCUGGAAUUGGGCUCUCAGGCUGUGACUGGGGACCACAAUGCUCUGGGGCUGCCUGGAGCUCCAGCCGGGACUGAGUGCUGGGCAAUGCGUGGCAGCAGCACCCCCAGGCUCCUGCAGCCCCCUGCCCCAGACUGUGAGAGCUGGCAGAAGCAUCGUGCUGGACUGGCCUGUGGUUCCAGCUAUGACACUAUCUACCUCCCACAAAUGCCCCAGGUUGUACCCCCAAGCCGUCUGGGGCUAGCUCUGGAUGUGACCCCCUCUUUUGAUGCGAGGGCUGGGAUGUUGGGAGGAGAUGGAGAUCUGGCUGUUAGCCCCAAUGUGAUGAAGAGACGAAGAGGUGGCCUCAUCGAGCAGCGGGACAUCGUCAGAGCCCACCAGGCUCACAAGAUUCACAGCACACCGCAGGCCCGGCGCAAGGAGUGGGAGUGA